AUCUUGUAUUUUCUUGCAUUUUCUGCAACAUUUGCAGAGUAUGGAAUUCGUUAUGGGACGCAGUAUGCUCGGCGUAAUUAAUCAGGAUGAACGACACGGCGCAGUUGGAACGACGAGCGAUUAUUUAUGGGGCCCGGAACAAUUAUUUAUGCUCUCGAGUCGCUCCUUUGCUAUUAUUAAUGGUCUAGAACGCGUUGGACCCUUUAUCGGCUUUUUUACACCCCUUGCUAUGUAGGUGACCAUUAUUCGAGUGUUAAUAAUCGUCCUUACGCUUCCACAUCAUAUAUAUAAAACUAUCGAAAUAAUCGAAGCAUCCUUAUACAAAACACAAGUGUCAAAAUUAAACAAUUUUUGCCUAUUUUCUAAUAAAAAAUGUUUUACUUGCCAAUGGGAAUACAUACUGCAGUAUAGUAAGUAAAUCUCUGCACAGAGUAAUCAAACUUGUAUAUUAAGAAAUACCAUUAAUCUUCAAUAUAAUAACGAAAGAAUGUCAUGUAUAUACUUACUUUAAGUCCAGCAAGAAAACUAUGAAAAACGAGAAAAUGCUUCGAAUAACCUUAUGGUAAGGUUAUUUGAGUCAGUAGCGAUAUAUUACAUAAGUAUCGAUAAAAUAAAUAGCAAAAUAACUUGCAGGAAUAGAAUAAUACACACACACUACUGAAUUAUGAUAAUUAAUCUGUUUUCAAAUAUAAAUCGUUUAAAAAUUUUUUAUAAACGAAUUUGAUGAAUUCAUUUCACUUAAAUAACCCUACUUUUCAAGUAUUGCAGUUAACAGUAAUGCUAAUAGGUAGCACGAACGAGUAAAGAACACUUAAGUGCUACUUCAAACGAUGUUAAAAUAUGUGUACAUCAAAUAUCACUUGGAAUAUUUUAAAAUACGCUUUUGUAAUGCAUUCUACUCGAAAAUGAAAAGAAAGUAUUAAAUAAAUAUAUUUUUAAUUUACUAUACUUAUAGGAUUUGUAAAUUUAAAAAUGAAUGGCAUAUUUAGUUUUCUUUACAAUUAAAAGGUGGUAAAUACAGAGUUCUCUACAAGUAUAAUUUUCUUUUUCAUGAAUGAUGGUGAAUAAAUGUAAAAAAAUAAAAAGAUCUUUUAAUACAUUUCUUAUGAUUGAGCAGUUCAGAAGUCACAUUAAUCAACUCUAUCAAUUGAAAAGUACAGGAUAGUGACGAUAUUAAAAACGCCUUUUUUAAAAUUUACCUUGAGAUUUAUCACUAUCCGCGUGAUUUUCUUGCGAUAAGUAAACUGACGGAAGUAUGGGAAUCAGAUAUUACUCGUAUACUCAUAUAACAGACUGAAGAAAUUAAUAAAAAGUGGAGUUGAUUAGUUUGGCUUCUGUAAAUGUAUAUCUCUAUCUAUAAACAAAUGAAAUUUCGAAAUACUAAAGUCAGCUAACUUUUUCUCUUUGUCCUAAAGAAAUUUGAUUUUUAGCACUUACAGUGUUUCCUACAAGGAUGCUUCGAUUCUCAGAUUCUUUGAACACAACUAACGUUUCCGGAGAUGCGAGAUGAUCUUCGUUCGUUAAGCUUAUUAAGAAACGAAAUCAACGUAGGUAAUCCAGUUUCUAACGCCGGGAAAGCGACGCUCCCCUGCUAUUUCGUUUUUUCCGGAUAGAAAGUUGCAGGUUAAGGGUGGGAGGUUUCGUUUAACUUUACUCUGCACAUGCGCGAGUAGAGCAGUCGAUAGGCGCACCGUGAGCGCACUAGUAGCAGGUUACUUGCACUUGCGACUAACCUCAAAAUAUCUUAUUUAUUGUGUCGGCUCGGGGAAGCUCCCGGACCGCACGAGUUCCGUUUCGGAACUUUGUUUCAGAUGCUUGGUGAUCCAUUCUGAAAGAAAGUACGCGUACUUGCGUACUUCUAUUACCGUGAUUCGUGUCGAAUCGAAGUUUUCACUGGGAAAACUGACGUAUAUGGAUUGAUGUGGAAAGUACUCCUCGCGUUUGAAAGAUGGGUCAUGGUUCGAGCCGUUCUGCUUCAUCCGCGAAUAUCCUCUCCGCGGAGGAGCUGACCUUGGUGGAGAAUCUGUUCAAGUCCAUGUCCCGGAGUUCAGGCUCUAUAAAACGCGAAGAUAUAUUCAAACACUGGUCCAGUCAUUUGGAUGAUGUACUACUGCAAUUUGUAGUAAGGUUCCUCUGUCAUGAACCAGGAAAGAGAGUGUCUGCCAUAAACGGAGAGAAUUUUGGGAGAUUGUAUGUGUUUGCCAUACGUGGCAGUCCGGAGGAGAGGACUAGCCUGAUUUUCAAUGGCUUCUCGGAAGAGGAGCAGAAACAUGAAAUACCCACUACAACGUUCCUUCAAUAUCUUCAAGCCACCAUUAAUUCCUACUUGAGACUACAAAAAAACUCUGGGAAUGCACACUACUUAACAUGGAGCAGCAUUGGCUGCACAGUAAACACUAGGAGAAUAGGGAUGAGAUCCAGAAGUUUGUGCGUAGAUCUAGUCAAACAUGGUGAGACACUGACCACUGAACAAGUAGAGAACUGGUUCUCUACAACAACUACCUUCAAUAUCAUACAAUCGCACGUUUUUCAGUGCCUUUUCUUGGUUUCUCAGAAAAAGGGAGACAAGAAUGCAAGCAGUAGAAUAAACGAUUUGAACCUCUUGCCAGGUUGCAAGGGUUUGGAGAAUAUACCACAUUUCCCAAGCAUUCUGGGAUUGGGCGAUGUUCUGUUCUUAAAUCUCAGUUUGCCUCAUGAGCUUCGCAACGAAUGGAGAUUUUUAUUUUCCAGUCAAGUGCAUGGAGAAUCAUUUUCCACUAUGCUUGGAAGAAUCACCAUGCAAGGAUCGACUAUUUUAAUUCUUCAGGACACCGAUGACCACGUGUUUGGAGGUUUUGCCUCUGAUAGUUGGAGAAUUGGACCAAAUUUCAUUGGAAACCAAUCUUCCUUCUUAUUCAAACUUGAACCAGAUAUACUUACAUUUCCUUGCACUGGAUACAACAACCAUUUCCAGUACUUAAAUCUUCAUCAACAAACUAUGCCUAAUGGGCUGCUCAUGGGAGGACAGUUGAAUUAUCCAGGUUUAUGGCUGGACUGUGAAUAUGGAACUGGAAAAUCAAGCUUGUCCUGCACAACCUUCCAGAAUUAUGUGCAACUCAGUGGCAAGGAGAAUUUUAGGAUUAAACACUGUGAGGUUUGGGGUGUCGGUCCUAUUCCAGAAGUUGAAGAAGAAGAACAAGAUGCAAGGUCAGUUUUGGAUCAAGAUUCUACCUCAAGAGUCAUAUUAGAGAUGUCUGGUCGCAAGAUGUACAGUGACGGAUUGAGAGAAAAGAAGGAGUAAUUGUGAUAUUAGACAUUUGUUGAGAUAGUAUGGAAAAGAGGAAAAAAGGAAAACAUAUCAGGCUAUUCAAAACUGUAUCAGCUUUGUAGAAACAAGAGGAGGUCAUUGUAUAAUGCAAUACCUGUAAAUGAAAAAAUAGAAAAAAGAGAUGAUUCUCUAGUUUUCGUGGAAUUGUUUCAACAGAAUAAUAUUAAUAGUUAUUAAAAAAGAUGAUCAACAAUCGCAUUCUUCAAGCAUUUUCUUCUGAUUGUUUGCUAGCUGAUCUUUUUGAAAAAAAAUUUCAUGUCCCUGUAACGGCCUGAUCUCUCGUACUAAUGUCAUUUCAAAUUGACUCUACCAUCGAUGGAGCAAUAUUAAAACAAAUAUAUAUAUAUACAGAGAAAAAAGAAAUGAAAAAAAUAUUAUACCGUACGAGUUGCUGUGUUUUUCGAAUGCCUAUUAUCUAGUGCCUGGUGAGUCAUCAAUCAUUUUUAAUCGGACUUCUUGAUACGCUGAAUAAAGUCUAUCGACGAGGAGAAACUUGUACAACACAUAUUCAUUACUAUUGUUACAUAAGACUGUGUGUGUUAUUCGUAUAUGAGUCGGCUGGCGGUCAAUGUUCCCUCUGUUCUGUUGAGAGAACAAAGCCAAAGAGCAAACAUUGCACUGCUGUUCAGUAUAAUGCUAAGAGUUCAAUAAAGAAUUGAAACCUCGAGA